UGUCAGUCUGGAGAAGAGAUAAAGCUGAGAGGAGCAGACACAUGGACCGGAGGGUUUGAUCUGCUCUCCCCCAGAUUUACUUUUGUUGACUUUGGACACUCCGUCAUAUUUCUGUUUUGUUAUUUCAAACCCUCCUGACAGACCGAGCAGCAUGUCAAAGAAUCCAGAGAGCGUGUCGCUGUGUCCCCUGAACUCGGCAGCUGAUCCCGAGCCGGAGCCGCUGUGCAUCUUUGGGACGGGCGACAUGGGGCGGUCUCUGGGCCAGCGGCUGCUCCAGUCGGGCUACAGGGUCGUGUUUGGCAGCCGGACGCCUCACAGCUGUGGCCCUUUACCGCCUGGAACUCAGGUGAUGAGCCACAGCGCGGCCGCCCAAUCAGCCACUCUGGUCUUUAACUGUGUCCACCGAGAACAUUACGGCUUCUUGGAGACGCUCGCGCCUCAACUCAAGGGGAAGGUGCUGGUGGAUGUCAGCAACAACCCGAAGAGGAAUCUAUACCCGGAGGCCAACGCCGAGCAUCUUCAGAGGCUCGUCCCUGGAGCUCAUGUGGUGAAAGCUUUUAACACCUUGUCUGCCUGGACGCUCCAGAACGGACCCGCGGAUGCCAACAGACAGGUGUACCUGUGCGGGAACAGUGCCGAGGCAAAGCAGGCAGUAGCGGAAAUCGCCACCAAGCUGGGCUUCACGGUUCUGGAUCGAGGGUCUCUGUCUGCAGCCGGAGAGCUGGAGGACUUCCCCCUGCAGCUGUUCCCAGAGUGGAGGCUGCCUCUCCGUGUGGCCGUCGGCCUCACCGCCUUCUUCUACCUCUACCUGCUGACCAGAAUCGUUAUCUACGCGUAUGUUCAAAAGGGGGACGACAUCUCCUUCAGACUCAUGGUGUCCCUGGCGAACAAGGUGUUUCCCAUCGUGUCGCUCAUCAUGCUGGCCCUGUGCUACCUGCCGGGAGUCAUCGCCGCCUUCCUCCAGCUCUACAGAGGAACCAAGUACAGGCGUUUCCCCGACUGGCUGGACCGCUGGAUGCUGUGCAGGAAACAGCUGGGACUGUUAGCGCUUGCCUUUGCUUUCCUGCAUGUGUUUUACACACUGAUCAUCCCCCAAAGGUAUUAUGUGAGAAACAAGCUCACAGCGAAUGCGAUCUCACUGAUCAGGGAGAACAAAACGUCGCCGUUUGAAUCCACCAUGGCCUGGCGGAACGACUCCUACUUGGCUCUGGGGAUUCUGGGAUUCGGCCUGUUCGUCCUUUUGGGAAUAACGUCUCUGCCCUCCGUCAGCAACGCUCUCAGCUGGAGAGAGUUCAACUUCGUACAGUCCAAGCUGGGCUACCUGACGUUGUUCUUCUGCACCUUUCACACCUACCUGUACGGCUGGAAUAAAUUCCUCAGGCCCUCGUCCUACCCGUGGUACACUCUUCCGGGCUACAUGCUCUGUCUGAUCGUGCCCACCGUGGUGCUGGUGCUCAAGCUGCUGCUCCUCGUGCCCUGCGUGGAUCGCAGCCUCACCCGGAUUCGGCGGGGCUGGGACAGGACUGACAAAGCGGAGGACAGCGAGAAAUCACUGCUGACGUAGGACCGCCAGAGACACAAAUGCAGCGAUUAUGCUUUCCAGGGGCACUGAACACUAUCUAACACAAGUCAGUUCAAGGUCACUGCAAUAACAAAUGAUGCAUUAUUUGUCGAUACUUACUAUAUACAAAUACAGGGACCACAGUUGGAACACAAAGCAACAGAAGACAUAUCUUUGAUUCGAUUACUGAGAUUCAAACCUUUGUUUUUGAUGACGGACUCUAUCCUCUGUGUUGAGGACAACUCAUUUCUAGACGGAUGUUCUGCCAUUCUUCAGAGACUGCUUUUUUUUUCAGCAGUUUUUAGCUGGAGGGGUCUUGUUGCUCUACUUUUCUUUUUGAAGUACUCCAACAAUGGUGGGUUCAAGUCAGGGGACGAACUCGGCCAGGUCGCAGUUUUCACUUUGCUCUUUUUGUGACUUUGUCCUUCGAAUGGAUCUCAUGGUGGAAAAUAAAACUCGUUUUCAAACUUCUGCAGACUGGGCCUCAUCUUAUCCACCAGCAUUUGGUUUAUGCACAGACAUUCAUGGUUCACCGCUCCAUCGCUUUAAGAAGCCAAAAACUUCCAGAACAUCCUUCCUCCUUCAGCAACACUUCACCUCUCCAACAUCCAGGAUGGGGCUAUGGAAGAUGAUCUACGUCUUCUGUUCUCAAAUUGUGGACGAACCGUCAAGGCCUUUAAGUUCUUCCAGGACGUGGCCUGAUCCAGAUGUUGUCAGUAGAAGAAGCAAUUCCGGCUCUGAUGGACGUUCACAACAAUGACAUGGGAGGAAAUCACCAUUGAAAGUUUCCUUCUCAAAGUCUACCAUCUAACCUUCAAAUUUUGUCAUCUCCUGACACCUUUUGUUUUCAUGCAGCUCCAUAUCAUAAUACUGCCACCUCCGUGCCUCACUGUCAGGACGAUGCAUCCACUGUGGUGGUCCUGGUCAGGUUCACACCAAACAUGCUGGACUCCAUCUGAGCAGAACAAAUUAGUCUUGGUUUCAUUCCACCACAUCUCCCAAUAAUCAUCCAGCUUCUCUUAAUGUUCCUUCAUAAAGUUUUAUUUUUCAUUUUACAGUUUUCUGCUGAAGAGCAUGCAAAGUUGUUUUUUUCCCCCCUUGUCCUCCCUCCACACUUUGUACUUUUGUGGAAACCGCAGUGAAAUUUUGUUCUUUGGAUGGUUCUCCUGCUGGAAUAUUCCUCUCCUUCAAGCUUUUGCAGACUGGGAGUCAUCUUGUCAGCC